AUGCAUUUGUCUUCUCUCUCUUCCCACUCUCCCAUUCUCCCACUCUCCGACUCUACCUUCUUCCCUCUCUCGCGCAAAGGGUCCUUCUUCCUCCCUCCCUCCCUCCCUCCCUCCCUCCCUCCCUCCCUCCCUCCCUCCCUCCCUCCCUCCCUCCCUCCCUCCCUCCCUCCCUCCCUCCCUCCCUCCUUCGCUCCCUCCCUUCCUUUCCCUGCUUCCCUCCCUCCCUUCAUUUCCCUGCUUCCCUUCCUUCCUUCUUUUCCCUGCUUCCCUCCCUACAUCCCUACUUCCCUCCUUCCCUCCCUGCUUACCUCUCUUCCUUCCUGCUUACUUCCCUACCUCCCUGCUUUUCCUAGGUGCUUCCUUCCUUGCGUCCCUCCUCCUUCCCUCCCUGCCUCCUACCUGACCCCGUGCUCCUCUCCCUCCCUCCCUGCCAAUCUCCCUGCCUCUCACUUAUUUACUUACCUACCUAUCUACCUACCUCCCUCCCCCCCCUCCCUCUCUUCCUCGCACCCUCCAUCCCCCUCUCCUCGCCCCCCCCCCCCCUUCAUUCCCUCAAUCCCCCAAUCCCUCAAUCCCUCCCUCAAACCCUCAAUUCCUUCCUCAAUCCUCCCUCCCUCCUUGAAUCCCUCCCUCCCUACCUCAAUCCCUCCCUCCCUCCCUCCCCAUCACCUCCUCCCCCCAUCCAUCCCUGCAUCCCUCCCUCCGUCUCUCUCCUCCCCUCUCAAUCUCUUCAACCUUUCUAUCUCUCGGUUAUCAAGCAUACUAUCGCUGCAUAUCCAGCAUUACCUCGCAUCCCUACCCGGGCAUACCACUGCAUAUCCAGCCUUCCCUGCUACAGCCUCUCCUAGUCACCUCCCUGCCCCGGCAUACUACCGCUGCAUAUCCAGCCUUCCCUGCUACAGCCACGCCGACUUGCCUCCCUGCCCAGCGCGCAAGCACAUUGACUUUGACGCUCACCAGCAGUUCUCCUCGAUUGCUCACAGCACCAAGGUCACAUACGAGGCUACGCACAACCACCCCCCUCCCGCCAUCCACCGCCGCAGACGGCGCGUCCAGCUGCAGGGGUCGCUGCAGGAGACACUGCAGGGAUCACAGCAGGAGACACAACGGGAAACGCUGCAAGGGACGCUGCAGGAGGCGCUGCAGGAAACGCUGCAUGGAUCACAGCAGGUGUCGAAACAGGAGUCGCAGCAGGAGAUGCUACAAGAGACGAAACAGCGGGCAGCGUGUGCCAGAUCGCAGCAUGGAUCGUGCGACGGGGCACAGAAGGGGACGCUGCACGGGAGGCAGAAAGGGACGGAGCAGCAAGGGGAGCAGCAGGGGACGCAGCAGGGGGCACACCAGGGGGCGUGUGCUGCUGCGUAUUCCCAAGGAGCACUACCAGUAUCUCGUCAGGCUUCUUCGUCUGAACCUCCACAACACAAGCUUCUGCUGCACGCAUCGUGUGGUGGGGCUGCAGGGAUCGUGAGAGAUGCGGUUCAGGCAUCGCGUUGUGGGCCUGCAGAAGUUGUGAGAGAUGAAGUGCAGGCAUCACGUUUUGGGCCAGCAGAAAUUGUGAGAGAUGAAGUGCAGGCAUCGGACGAGGCUGCUGCGGCAGCAGCUGUGACGUUGACGUCUUCUGGGAGAUUAGAAGGCCGUGUGGACGCUGGUGCUGGUGCUGGGAAGCAAACAAUCGGUUGGAAGGAUGUGUGUGUAGAUAUGAUUAGAGGAACUGUGCAGCAACGCACUGACAAGCGAAUGGGUGAAGCAAAAAAGGGUGUUACGAGCCGCCGUGCAGCUGGGAGUGACAGUGGAGCCGCUACGCCAGGAGUGAGAACGAGAGGUUUUAUCAUGGGAGGAGAGGGAAGAGGAGGCGGGGAUAUAGGGGGGGUUAUUGGUGCUGGUGCGAGCAGCUGCCUGGCUGGUGGAGGAAAUUAUUUAGCAGAAAAGGAUGGUGCGGUCAUACACUUCACGGACGGGAGGAGAGCUGCAGAAGCUGGUGCUGGCGCAUCACAGUGGGAAGAGGCUUCCCAGUCAACGCUCGGGCCAGUGGCAGCACUGCAGGGGCAAGGGCUUACUCCUUUGAAGCCGCCAAUAGUUACCAUGCAGGAAUGCAGGGAUGCGUGGAUAAGAAAAGCAGAAGGCGCUGCUGAAGUGCUGCAGCAGGAGCCUCUGGGAGGAGAACAGGCAGCAGAUGUUGAAGGUGAAGCGUUGCAGCGGUCGUCUCCGUUUAACGGCUGGCACGCUUUUGAGGCUUGGAGAGCUCGAUACUUCCGUAGCCAAACAAUGCCGUCUCCUCUCAACCCCCUUGCAGUGCAGCAGCCACCAUCCUCUUUAAAAUCGUCACGUUCUUUAGUAAAUUGCGCAGCAGCAUUGGGUCCAGCGACGCCCUUUCUGCAUCCAGACGCUCCGCUGUUUCUUCGCAUACAGAGUUCGCCUCUUGUGUUGUCGGCCACACCAGGGGAGGCGCCAGAGAGGGUGGAAGAGUUGCCGAAUGGGGCUCCGUGCAUUCUGGGAAAACGUGGAGACCAUGUGAAGGCAGAGGACGGACUGCAGAAGGAUUGGUGGUUGGGAGAGGCGGGGAUCAAGGGUGAGCAUCUGGAUCCAUUUCAUCGUGCAAUUAAAAGGCAGGUCAGUGAGGGCCCAGUGGAUGCCACAGGCAUGCCUUCCCCAAUAACACCUUCAGGUGUGCUCAAAGAUGGACGCCUUGAGUCGAGGAAGUUUGACAAGGCGGAUAUUGAGUGGAUUUCAGCGCAAGAGGAUCUUGCCGCACCUUGUCCUGCGGAGGUUGCCACCAAUUUGCCACCUGUCUCGUUCAAUAGCUUCAUGCCUGUGCAUGACGCACGAUAG